GAGGGUGGGGGUAAGGAUGGGGAAAAUGGCUACCUGACACUGUGAUGUUUGUGUACUGUCUUUACAGUAUGAGAAGAACGAAAGGGCCAGUGAAUUAGUUGGCAGGAGUUUGACUUGGCUAUUGCAGGUGAUGGGCUUCAUCAGCCAUAAUACACUAGGCUAUACACAGCCUGUCCUUCGAUGUCUUAGGAUGACGGAAAUAAGAAGUAAAGCUAUAUUACUUAUCGUAAAGAAUUUUUGAAAAUAACCAAAAAACAGAGAUCACGUGGCGAAAUUAAAUGGAAAAAAAACUAGAUCGGCUGAUUGUACAUUUCAACAUUCUACUUUUGAUGCGUCAUUGCUGUUUACACACCAGAGCAAUCUGACAUGGAAACGACAGGAAAGUAUACAUUCUAUGAAUUAUAUUUAGUAUCACUUUGUUUCUAGAUAUCGACAGGAUAACAAAUCUAAUUAAUAUAUCUUCCUUGACCACCCUUGGCGCUUCAUUCAGCACUGGACAGCUCCCCUUCUUCUCCCCACCUUACAUCCACCCUGUUUCGUGAUUGACGGAAGAAAUGGCCAUAGAGAAGUCUACGAUUUGUGAGCUGUCCUGGCGUAUACCAUAAAGAAACUGAAUACGAGAGCAUUCCAGCUCUCUCUGAGGUUCUCGUGUGAUCUGUCAUCACAGUGUUUGCGAAGGUACGGUGUGCAGGCAAUCAGGCAGUGGUUUAGUGAAUUGCAACGCAUUCUUUCGGUGGAAGCGUCUGAUUGGUAACAUCUGGUAAUAUACAGCAGAAGAAGGAACAAGACCGUCAAUGGUAAAUGAUGCGACUAAACUCCAGAGGCAUUUAAAAGACGACAGUGGGAAGCAUGUAAGCGACUCGAUCCGUUUCAAUACUAUCAAUUAUAUGCAAGUGGAACGCAUGGGCGGCUGAUGUCCACCAACUUUUAUCCAGAGAUUACCGAGUCCGUUGAAAAAGAUCCGAAGUUCUGCUAAUGUCAGGUACGGUGAGCCCAACAGACUGGAUGUAAACUAAAUCUGUAUUUCUAUCUGGCACGAAGGAACAACGGUAUGGGUAUUUUCCUGAUAUACCUGCUCCUACGAAUAGGAUUUGCUUUCAGUUCUAAUUAUGGAUACGUGGAAUGGUCUGAAAAUGACAAAGAUUCGGAGACCAGGACAAGAUAUCCUCUGCUCAGCACUCCGAACAAUCGUGACCCUCAAUACCACCCAACUCUGUUUAACAAGCCCGUCACUGAGCGCGCGGUGGUCGCACACAAAAUUGAGGAGGACCUGCCCAGGGUGGUGACCGCUUUCCUCCACACGGGAGACUCUGAGACGCUGGAACAUGUGAACUGCUCACGGCGGUACGAGUUAAGCAGCCUGCGCGGUGGCUCCCAGGUGGCCUCGCACUACUCGCUCCACAGUGUUUUGGACACCAUGGCGCAUGCCACCAACUUCCUGAAUAUGCUUCUACAAGCGAACAGGUCGAGAGAGCAGACGGUAAGGCGCGACAUUCAGUGGUACCAUGCGCUGGUCAGGAGCAUGCUGGAGGGAGACUCCAAAAUCCACAGGGCAGUGGUUACUUUCCAUGCGGAGUCGCCCACACCUGGCCCUCACGUCUUUCUGCAAGCAACCAGAAGAGACAAGGAGAUAGUUCUCCAGGACCUUUCAUCAUCUGCCGCCCAUCGCCUUAGAAACAAAGCGCCGGAUUCAGAGUGGUACAACGAAUUUAGGGACCGAAAAAAGCCACACAUUUUCCGUGGGUGGGCGAGCAGGGAUGGCCGAGCCGCUCAGGAGAGCUAUGUUCUUGACAAAGAUCAGAUCAAGUGGUCUGCCCCGUACCUGGAGUGUGAGGGCGGAAACUUUGUUCCUUUCUGGCUCCUCACCUUGUCGGCGGGUUUCUACGGCUUGAGGGCUAACUUGGCGCCAGAGUUCAGAGGAGUGGUACGAGUGGAUGUGAACCUGCAGGAUGUGGACAUUGACCAGUGCUCCAGCAGCGGCUGGUUUGCGGGCACCCAUCGCUGUAAUCUGACCAGCAUGGAAUGCAAGCCGAUCAUGGGCCAUGGGUUUGUCCUGGACAAGUACAAGUGCCAGUGCAAGCGAGGGUUCUACCAUCCCAGUCGAGUGGCACUCAAUGGCUUCUCAAGUAAGGAGCGGGGCUCUCAUCGGGACGAGUCGUCAGAGGUGUCUGCAAAGUGCCUGCCCUGUCAGGAGGGCUGCCCCUUCUGCCGGGACGACAGCCCGUGUCUGGCCCAGGAGGACGGCUCCCUGCGGCUCGCCAUCGCCUCCUUCCAGGGCCUCUGCAUGCUUCUGGACUUUAUCGGCAUGGUGGUGGUGUACCACUUCCGCCGAAACAAGAGAAUCAGAGCUUCUGGUUUGAUUCUGCUGGAGGCCAUUUUGUGUGGAGCCCUGCUUCUCUACUUUCCCAUGAUGAUAAUGUACUUCCACCCGAGCGUGUUCCGGUGCGUUCUGCUGAGGUGGGUCCGGCUCCUGGGCUUUGCCACCGUCUACGGAACCGUGACUUUGAAGUUGUACAGGGUGCUGAAGGUGUUCCUGUCACGCACGGCCCAGCGGAUCCCCUACAUGACCAGCUGCAGGGUGCUCCGUCUGCUGGGCGUCAUCCUGCUGGUGGUCUGCUGGUUCCUGGUGGCCUGGACCUCGGCGGUGAUCCAGCACCCGGACCCACAGCGCGCUCUCAUCGACGUGGGCGUCACCCCCGAGGGCCUGCAGUUCAGCAUGUGCCUGCUGGACCGCUGGGACUACAUGAUGGCCGUCGCCGAGUUCCUCUUCCUCCUGUGGGGGGUGUACCUGUGCCACGCCGUGCGCUCCGUCCCGUCCGCCUUCCACGAGCCCCGUUACAUGGCCGUCGCCAUCUACAACGAGCUCCUUAUCUCGGCAAUAUUCCACAUCAUUAGGUUCUCCCUUGCCUCGGGGCUACACCCUGACUGGAUGCUGACGUUAUUCUUCGUCCACACACACCUGACUGUCACUGUGACACUGGGCCUGAUGUUUGUCCCUAAGUUCUUCUCCUCAGAAACACACACCAGAGAUGAUAUUGCUACAGAAGCCUUUGAGGAUGAGCUGGAUAUGGGUCGUUCCGGCUCCUACUUAAACAGCAGCAUCACCUCUGCGUGGAGUGAGCACAGUUUGGACCCAGAGGACAUUCGGGAGGAGCUGAAGAAGCUUUACACCCAACUGGAGGUCUACAAAAGGAAGAAGAUGCUGGCCAACAACCCUCACCUGCAGAAGAAGCGCAGCUCCAAGAAAGGCCUCGGCCGAUCCCUCAUGCGGCGCAUCACGGAGAUCCCAGAGACGGUGAGCCGGCAGUGCAGCCGCGAGGACCGGGAUGGCAGCGACCACGGGAGCAACCGCAGCACACUCAGGAGGAACCACCUGGACUCCAAGUCCAGGGAGGACUCCCUGAAGAACAAGAUGUCCUCCGUAAAGAGGUCGCAUAGUUACGACCACGUCUGUGACCAGAAUGGGGACCCCAGCGCAAGCGCAAUAACCGAGAAGUUGGAAGGCUCCACGCCUGAAAUUUCCCUGUUGGAUACGCUGAUGGGAAGGAAGGCUAAAAAAGUCCCGGAGGCACCGAAAAUUCAGCCUGCCGAAUCAGCAGAGUCUGUUCCUCUGGUGUGCAAGUCUGUUAGUGCCCACAACCUCACUGCCGACAAGAAACCAAUUCACCUCAGGACAAGCAUAAUGCAGAAGUCCUUGAGCGUCAUUGCCAGUGCCAGGGAGCGAACCAUGGGACUCACAGGGAAGACCCACAGCGUGGAGGAUGCCAGUAAGAAGGGACUCAAAGCCAGAGAUGGCAGACUAUCACAGGUGGACGAGUCCCCCGAGGGCUACCCGAAGAUGAUCAUAAGCCAGUCAGUGGAGUACUCCAAGACCCCGAGCAAAAUGGGCAUCAUGAAACAGCAGGUGAGUGGGAGCCAGCCGUCCAUCUGCUCCGAGCCGGGCCGGAGCAAGGAGCUCUACGACCUGUCUGAGGUCUGCCCCUGGGAGGUGGAGGAUCUACCCACUCCCUCCGAGGGGAAGAGCCAGAAACACGUGUCCAUCGCCCUGUGUGAGACCGCUUCAGUCCACGGGGGCAGCCCUAAGAGCGGAAGGUCCCAGCAGAAGCCGAAAUGCACGGGACAGUCACCCUCCAACCGCCGCCGCUCAAGGGACAAGACAGGGGAUCGGGAUGAGAUGCCCAGAAAACCCAGAACUCCACUCAACCUGGUCCCAAAUCCCGAGGUGUGUCCCUGGGACACGGAGGAGCCCAUGGAGAGUGCCGGACUGUCUCCAGACAGAACCAACCGGAAGAAGAGUGUGACACCCACCAAUGGCAAACCUAAGGUUCUACACUCAGACCACUCCAAGUCCACGGGAAGCCUGCUGCAGCCCCCGACCCUGAUGGUGGAGAUCUGCCCCUGGGAUUACAACGCUCCUCCGUCCCCUAAGCAGGAGAGAGCCGUGAGCCCCAGUCACCACACCAAAUCCAAGGACUCUCAUUCCAAGAGGAAAGGUUCCUGUUCUUCCAAAGGCAAGGAAAGGGAUGAGGAGAGACGGCACUCCAAGAGCCGAGAGAGGAGAAGCUCGUCCAGCAAGGGCUCCGAGAGGCGGCGGGUCAGCCAGUCGUCCGACAGCGGCCAGGUUGGCAUGACGGCCACUGGUAGGCGACGGAGCUCCACGCAGGAAGCAGGGCUAACGGAGAGUAAGAGAGCGGAGGUUUGCCCCUGGGAUGCUGAGACUGUGCCUGACGGUACCACCAAGGACGGUGCCAGUACCAGCACCUCCACAACGAGAGACAAACUUUCAAAUCCUAAGCCUGCUGGGACACUAAAGAGUGUCCAUAGGGAAGACGUCUGUCCAUGGGAUGCUGAGACUGUGCCUGACGGUACCACCAACGACGGUGCCAGUGCCAGCACCUCCACAACGAGAGACAAACUUUCAAAUCCUAAGCCUGCUGUGACACUAAUGAGUGUCAAUAAGGAAGAUGUCUGCCCAUGGGAAUUUUAG